AUGUCAGCACCACAGGCGGAGGCCUCCGCUCCCAGCGGGUCACGACCCCCACGUUCAAGACCGAGACGCAGAGCGCGGGGUUCUGCGAACCCGGACGGACAGACAAGGCCCGGUCCUACAAGCGAGCCUCAGGCUCAAGGAGCGACACAAUCGCAGCCUACACAAUCCCAGCCGUCGAACACAACCCCCCAGCCUGGUCAGCACAAUGACUCGCGCUCACAGAGAGGGAGGAACAGAGAUGGAAGAGGGCGGAGACCAAGGAACAAUGGACCGCCGCGACAAACCCAGGGUCCAAGUGCCGGACCAAGUGCUGGACAGGAUAUACGGCCAGAUGCACGAACCCGCGGCAUGAGAGCGCGGGGUUUCGAGGCCCAAUUAACAAGGCCAGACCAGGACUCGAGUGGUGCCCCAUUGGAUGUUGCAGAACAACUUAUCGACAACUCUCUCAGGGCUGAUGUACCAGACUUCGUACCGGGAAUGCCGCCCUCCCAACGCGGACCACCCUCGGAAUCUGUCGUGUCUGCUAAAGGCAAAGCGAAAGCUCGGGCAAGGCAACCACCGAAGGUCACGAUGAAAUCCACAGCCGAUGAUCUGGCUACCAGAAUCCACGAGGAUAUUGCACACAAUCUGUACGAAUGCCCCAUUUGUUGCAGCGAGUUGGGUCGCAGAUCUAAAGUGUGGUCUUGUGAGCUUUGCUGGACGGUCUUCCACUUGAGCUGUGUCAAAAAAUGGUCCAUGAAUGAGGGCGCUUCGGCGCAGAGGGCUUCGGGCCAGGAAGACGGGCAGGAGAACUUGACGCCUCGCGCUUGGCGUUGUCCUGGUUGUAAUCUUUCGCAUCAGAAUUUCCCUUCGAAUUACUCUUGUUGGUGUGAGAAGGAAGUCGACCCUAAGCCAUUUCCUGGUCUACCUCCGCACUCUUGUGGUCAGACUUGCUCGAGACCUCGUAAGGACUGUCCCCAUCCUUGUGAUACGACUUGUCAUGCUGGUCCGUGUGCGCCUUGUACUGCUAUGGGACCGACUCAGGAUUGUUUCUGUGGUUUGAAUUCUUCGACCAAGCGAUGCCAGGAUACGGAUUAUAAGAAUGGAUGGAGCUGUGGUGAGAUUUGUGGUGAGCUUCUUCCUUGUGGAGAACAUACCUGCCCUCUGCCGUGCCAUGAGGGGUUGUGUGGAGGCUGCGAAGUCAGCAUUGAGGGUCGCUGCUAUUGUGGCAAGCUGCAGACAGAAAUGCUGUGCAAGUCCAAGGAUGACGAAGAAGAUAGUCGAGUUGCUCGUGAGGAUGGCUCGGAGGAGGAAUGGACCGGCUGCUUUGGUUGCGGAAAGACUUGCAACCGCCCCUUCGACUGUGGUGUACACACAUGUCAGAAGGGCUGCCACCCUCAAGAGUCGCAGCCUGCACACUGUCCACGAUCACCGGAUGUUGUUCUUGACUGCGCCUGUGGCAAAACACCGCUGUCUGAGAUUCCUGGAUACAAACCCCGGACCUCUUGCGAAGAUCCAAUCCUGAAUUGCCAAAAGCCAUGUGGUAAGAGUCUUCCAUGUGGUCAUCCUUGUGAAAAGCUGUGUCACAUCGGACCUUGUGGUGCCUGUCUGCUCAAAGUCGACAUCAAAUGCCAGUGCGGUCGUACCAGUAACCGGACCAUUUGUCACCAAGGUCAGAUCCAGCCUCCCAUGUGCCCACGCCAGUGUAAAGCAACUUUACACUGCGGUCGACACACAUGCACGGAGCGGUGCUGUCCAGGAGAGCAGAGGGCGAACGAGCGCCAAGCUGCACGUCGUAAGCUCAGGCCUCAUCUCCGCCCUGCUGAAGAGGAUAUCGAGGCAGAGCACAUCUGUACUCGCGUGUGUGGCCGAACGCUGAAAUGCGGAAGACACACAUGCCCAGAGCUUUGCCAUAAGGGUGCCUGCAAUACCUGCAGAGAGGCAGUAUUUGAAGAGAUCUCGUGUAAUUGCGGAAGAUCUGUUCUAUAUCCACCGCAACCAUGUGGUUCGAAGCCACCUGCUUGCCAUCAUCCAUGCGAGCGUCCAAAGCGAUGCGGUCACCCUCAGGCCGCGCAUACCUGCCACACAGAUGAAGAGAACUGUCCCAAGUGUCCGUUCCUAACCGAGAAGCCGUGCCUGUGCGGCAAGCGGGUAUUGAAAAACAUCCCUUGCUGGCUGUCCGAUGCACGCUGCGGACAAUUGUGUGGGCAGCCGCUCAAAUGUGGCUCUCAUUUCUGCCGGAAGGAUUGCCAUCGUCCGGAGGAUUGCGAAGACGCAACCAAACCAUGUACUCAGGCCUGUGGAAAGAACAAGACGAUCUGCGGCCAUCCAUGCACAGAGCAGUGUCAUGCUCCCUACGCGUGUCCCGAAACGACACCAUGUUCGUCUAAGCUCGCGGUGACAUGUAGCUGUGGACGACUCCGACAGGAAAGACGCUGCAACGCAGCCAAAGCCGUGACAUCCAAGGGCCAGAUCCAGUCGCCUCAGCGCAACCCCGAUCUAACACCAUUGGCCUGCGAUGAUGAAUGCACGCGCCUAGAGCGAAACCGCUCACUGGCAGGUGCUCUCGGCAUUGACAUCAACCAAACAACCACGGCGCAAACCAUCACAGCCGAGAACCUCCCGUAUUCAGAGGAGACCCUGAACCAAUACAUCAAGCUCGCAUCAUCCGUGCCCCUAUCAACCCUCCAAACAUACGAGACGAACCUGCACUCCCUAGCAACAGCAGACAAAACCACCCGCUCCUUCCGCUUCCAGCCCGCAAAGCCGACCCUCCGCGCAUUCGCGCACUCCUUGGCCGCAGACUGGGGCUUCGUAACAGAAAGCCACGACCCAGAACCGCACCGCCACGUCUUCGUACUGAAACCGGUUGUCUGGACCCCGCCCCUUUUCGGCACAGGAAGCGGCGCGACAAUAGGCAUCGGCGGCAUGAGCGUGCGCGAGUGCGUCAAGAUGCGCGAGCGCGAACGCUCAAAAGAAGCAGAGGCCCGUCGCAUCGCUGCUCUCGAGGCAAAGGCCGCCCGCGAAGUAACAAAGGCGCAGGCUAGUUCUGGUGAUGGCGGUUGGGCGCAGGUUGCGUCGAAGAGUCGCGGUGGAAGUGGAGCUAGCACUAGGAGUGGGACACCUGUUCAGAACUCUUGGGUUAGUAAGUCUAUUUAUGCGGCUCUUGAUGAUGGGGCGAAGAAGGAGCGGCUGGUUCUGAGGUCUGGUGUUGGGGCUGGGAAGUCUUUGCGUGCGAAGACGCCGCCUGCUGAGGUCGUGGAGGAUUGGGAGGAGGCUGAGGAGGAGGCUGAAAAAAGGAAGAUCAAGAGGUGA